AUGCCUCCUCGAGUGUGCGGUGCAUCGACGCCGCUGGCUGGCCUCGAUGCCGCCGUCUCGAUCUCCUCAAGGAGCACAUCCUCCCCGUUCCUCAGAACCUUCUCGACAACACCAUGCCGCGAGAAGAUGAGCAAGGGUCGUGCGAGGAUGUUUGAGUGGUUGAACUCUGGUAGUGGAAGGAAUCUUGCCGAGCCUGGCAAUAGUCCCAACUACCUGGGUCCUCACCAAGAUCAGCCUUUCCCUCUCAACCCCUUGUUCCGAAGUCAGCCCGUGCUCGCCGAUUCCACACGAGAGUCCAUCUACGAUAAGGUGACGCGAAGGGGGGAAUCCCUCAAGGCGGUGUCUGCUGAAAUGCACGUCGACGUGAGGAGAGUUGCUGCUGUCGUGCGGUUGAAGGAGGUUGAGAAUCAAUGGAAAGCCGAAGGCAAGCCACUAGCAACACCCUAUGCCAGGGCAGUCAUGAAGAUGCUUCCCAAAACAUACUACGAGGAAGGUGCUGAGAAUGUGCAGCAUGAGCCCAUCAAUGAGAUUCAUGUACACAAUCUUACUAUGCAACAAUUGUUCGAGCCCGUUUCAGAAUCUCGACACUUUACACGAGAAGAUGCCGCUAAGGCAUUCCAUGAUAAGAUGCUUUCUGCCGAUCAACGAUCGCCUCAACCCGAGCUGAUCAAGAUGGAGCGAGAAAUCAUUAAGGGUUCUCCACGCCAAGAGGCCUUGACCAAGUUCCGACAGGUGACACAAAGUGAUGAGGACAGAGUCGCGAAGAAGAUAUUGGAGGAGCGUAAGCGCGAGGAGGCACAGACAAAGCGAGUCAAGACGGACCGUUACGAGUUCCGAUUUAAGGAGAUCAACGUCGAUGAUGUUGGACGUGAUGGUCGGUCAAGAAGGGGAACUGGAUGGCGGUAUGGUGCUCCUUUCGAGGACCGCAAGCGUGGUCUGGUCAAGAUUCCUACGUCGGUACCUUGA